CAGGGGAUUGGAGUAGGAUCACAGGAGGAAAAAGAUGUAGACGGAGGAGAAAAAGAGGGAUUUCAGAGAGAGGAAGAAGCGGGCUGUUUUCCCACCUCUAUCGGAAGACCCUGCGCUCCCUCCAUGGAUAGUUUCGGGUGACCCCUGAUGGGAACUGUCUUUGCAGAACUCGGACAUCACACUCUCCUCCUUGCAGGGCUGGACCUGCAGCUCCCCUCCAGAGGACGCCACUGCCUGCCACCCCAGCUUGACUUUUGCAGCAGUGCCCACUGCUCCCCAUUUAUCAGCAAGCAGUUCAGGAGCUUAUGAAUCUGUGGGGAUGUUCCAACUCUGGAGCAAUGAGGUCCCAUCAGGCUCACACACAACCAUGGCUUUUGGGCUGCCCAAGCUUCCCUACCACGGGCAAGGGCCAGCCAGCAGUGGCUCUGCCCAUGAACUGCCCCUGACUCCGCCAGCUGAGCCCACCUACUCCUUUGAGCUGUCGCCUGUCAAGAUGCUGGCACCCACAAUGCCACACUCUUAUGCCUUCCCAGAGGCCCAGGACUUCUCUAGCUUUUUGCAAGGGCCCCGGCCUUUGGGCCCAGCUCCUCCUCCAGGAACCACCUCCACGGAUGAUGGCCCUUGGUGGAGCCUGCAGCAACCAGGCAACUUCUCUCUGGGCCGGCCGCUGGUCCUAAGCCCCCAGCCCCCUCUUGCUGCUCUCCUGCAGGGCACUCCCAAGGGGUUCCUGGGUACCACUCGCCGCUGCCGCCGCUGCAAGUGCCCCAACUGCCAGGCAGUGAAUGGAGCCAGCGAGGAGCCAGGCAGAAAGAAGCAACACAUCUGCCACCUGCCAGGCUGUGGCAAGGUCUAUGGCAAAACGUCCCACCUGAAGGCCCACCUCCGCUGGCACGCGGGCGAACGCCCCUUCAUCUGCUCCUGGCUCUACUGUGGGAAAAGUUUCACCCGCUCGGAUGAGCUGCAGAGGCACCUUCGGACGCACACGGGCGAGAAGCGCUUCGGCUGCCAGCUGUGCCCCAAGAGGUUUAUGCGGAGCGACCACCUAGCAAAGCAUGUCAAGACCCACCAAGGAAAGCGAAUGCGGGGCAUGGCCAUGGUGGCGGCAGCAGUGGGCAUCAAGCAGGAGUGAUGUCGAGGGGAUGGAGGGGACAGAAAUGGAGCCCAAAGGGUGGCGGUGGGUUCAAGGAAGCAAUGAGAAGACUGAGGUGCUCUUGAGCUAAUUUCACUCCCUGUCCCAGUCGGCGGCACUGCCAGCCUAUUCACCUCCUGAGUCAGUCCCCCUGCCCAAAGGAUCACAGGAACUGUAGUUUGGUGAGAUGCUGUGGAUUCUUGGGCCCUGACAUUCCAUUGGAAAAGGGAGUUAAAUCAAUUUAAACCAGAAGCGUUGAAAUGCACUGUCACUUGCUUAGAAUCCCCUCUUCAAAUGCAUGCAUUGGAAUGCUGGAGAAAGCCUACC